CUACAUCGUCAACAGAGUUCAAAUAAAAAAAGGCGCCCCCGCGCCCUGUCGCCUCCUGCCUGCCCCGUGGCGCUGCACGCGCUCUGUCGCACCCUGCGCCGCCACGCGCGCUGCAACUUCAUUGUGUUUUCUGUUCUUACAGAGUCAAGUGAGUUUAAGUUUCCGUGCUUAUUUUAUACUUUUCCAAUUUUCUCGACAUGACGAAGCAUCGGAAAGACCGAUCCCCACGUUCUUCACGAAAGAGCCAACGCAAGCAGGGGGAUCGGUCCUCUAGCAGGCGAUCAGGUUCUCGAUCACGCUCAAGAUCGCGAAUAAACCUCUCUCGCCGGUCGCCGCACCGACUUGAGAGAGAGUAUUCAGUGACACGUUCACCAUCUUGUGACCGAAUCCUACAAGCACUAAGCGAGUUUAUGGACUAUUGGAAGCAUCGGAAGUCCCCGGCACCCAGCGAGGUGUCGGAGGACGGGGAGAGACCAGCGAGUCUACCUCCGCCACUAGAUCACACGUUGUCCUCGGAGAAGUCCGGCGAGGCUUCUGCCGAGAUAUACGUAGAGCAGAGGGCCUUCAGGGGCCAGGAUGGCGAUCCAGGUAUGUCCCCGUAUUGGCUUAUCGCCACGAAUAGCGAUACAAAAGGGGACAUAAACAUCUGCUCUCUUUCCACCGCAUUUCCAGUACACUCUCCUUUGUUUUUAGGACAGGUCUCAUCUCCACCUAAUAAUGUUUCCUUCUCUACCCACCUGUUGCAGCUACUUGGUCGCAAAUUAUUUUAGACACGACCAGGUCAGAGGUCCGCACAGGUCUUAAAGAAGAAUUGCAUAACACCCUCCUUACUAAAUACGAGCUGAAAGAGGACCUGAGAUCCCUCGGCCCUCCUCGUGUAAAUAAGGAGAUCCUUCCUAACCUGAGUGAAACGGUUACUGUACGCGACAGGCAUCAUAUAAAGUUGCAGACUCAGGUGGGAGCUUCCCUCAACGCCUUUGGUGCUGGAAUUUCAGAGCUCUCAAAGCUUGAGUAUCUCCAGUCUUCACCGGAAGCUAGAGCUGCUAUAACCAAGAUCGCUGAGGGAAUACGUUUACUGGCGGACCACCAGUUUCGUUUAUCCCAGAUGAGACGGGCUUUCAUCGUGCCAUCUUUGAACUUUUUAGGUAAAACCGUCUCCGACUCAGCUCCUAUCGGCGAUUGCCUUUUUGGGAGCAACUUUGCCGAAGAGGUGAAUACGGCUCAAUCCGUUGAGAGAGUGAGAGUGGCUCGGAAAAUGGCGCAAAACCUCCUCCACCACUAGAGCCGUCAACUCGACGACCGCUCAAUCAAAUUCAGCAACCAAAAUCGCAGCCCCCUCCUCCUCGGAAGGAGCGCGGGCAGGGAAACGCGAAAACCCCUCUACGCAAGAUUCCUACGGCUCAUCACUCGAGGAGGGGUUUUCUUCAAGCGAGCCGAUUCAGGAGAUCAUCCUCCCGAUCGAGACAUCGACCCAACCAGUAGCUCCAGCAAAGUCAGCAGGCCGCCUAGUCUACUUUGCGGAUCGUUGGCGAACAAUUACGUCCGACUCCCAGACGCUUCCGAUCGCUACUCGCAGAUUCAUGGCGCACAUGACGUCUCACGCAAAGAAGUUAAUCGCUUAUCAGAUGCCGGCGAACGCCAGCUGCGGUCUGCUCUUUGCUUGUAGUAAUAUCUUUCGUCGAAUACAAACGAUAGCGAAAGUGAAUAGAUAAGGUGUUGCGGCAGGAAGUAUGAGAACUCCAACCUCGCACAAUUCCAACAGAUGCGUUAGCAAUUGUUAUCUCAUGUGAAAUGUCACGCCUAUAUAAGUGAUAAAGAAGCAGUACUGCCAAGUACAAUAAUUAGCAAUUUAGGGACAUAAGAUAUCCAAAUAUUACGCUUUAUCAGAUUUCUUACUAAAGAUAAUUUUUAGAAGACUUACAUAUCAAAAUACUAUAUAUAUAGCAAGAUUGCAAAAGAAGUCACAAUGGAAGUAACAGAUAUCCCAAAUCUAAUAAGAACACAUUUGUGGAACCAUAGAUAUCGCUUGGAGGAAAUAGAGAAUAUCAUUGAAAAAGAACAUAACGUUCAGCUGAAUACUGUCGAUCGUGCUUACAUAGAAGAUAAAUAUCUCAAGUGUUGCUUGGAGUACUGGAUAGAGGAGAUCGAUAGUUUUUUAAAAGAACAUUCAACUAAUGGUCACUUGAUAGAGAAACUUGAUAAAGAACUCAUUGCUUUGAAUAACAUCAAACAUUUUGUUAAAACACCGCCUCCAUUUAAUGACCUGAAUUAUUACAAACUUUUAAUGGAGCACAAAGAUCUUAUUGAACAACACAAAGAAGAAACCUUAAUGAAAUGUUUUAAAGAGAAAUGCCUGGAGCUUUCAAUGGCACACGGUAAUAUCCUAAUCGAGCAGGUUGACUUUCUCAAGACAUUGCUUGAAUUUUUAGCUAUGUUCGAAAAGUGCGACGAAUAUCCGGACAUGAUGAAGUUACAACACUUGUAUAAACCUGACAUAUCAAGCGAUAAAUUUUUUCAAAUAAUUAUGGACCUCAAUGUCGCUGAUUAUGAUGUAAAGCUUAAGCAAUUGCAAUACGCGACGCGGUCAUUAAUGGGGCAAAAACAUAUUGCUCUGAUGGAUAAAUAUCAAGAAAUUAUCGGAGCAUAUUUUAAACCGGUAACAUUAGAAAAGCUAACAACUGAUAAUCGAGUUGUCAUUGAAAUAAAAGGUGGAAAUUUUUAUCUAAGUGAUAUCAUUAAUGAUGUAAAUUCCCUUUUGUUACAUGACUCUUACAUAGAAGAAGUUCGUUUCAUGUGCUCUGGCAUCAUGUAUAUCAAUAAAAAUCUAGAGAACAGCAUGUGGCAUGGGAAAAAUAUCGUGGUAUAUGCUAAAGCAAUUGUAAUUCGUGACAAGUGUAAGUGGGAUAUUUCUGGAAAGUCCGUAGAUGCUACAAUAAUUAUGAAAGCGAAAACCGAUGACAACGGCGUGGGUGUAGACGGAGAGCAUGGAAAAGAUGGAGAAAACGGCGGAAACGUCUUCAUUCAUGCAGAUAACAUGUUACAUCCGCAGAUGCUGGAGAUUUGGUGCAACGGUGGAAAUGGUAGCGACGGUCAAAGAGGCGGAGACGGUAAGGACGGGAGAGACGGCACAGGAAUUUCUUAUGUAGAUUUCAUUACUAAAUUUCCAAGUAGUGGGAAACUUAUUAGUAAAUUCUCAAUUAGAAACAUGAGAACCAUAGUACGUAACAUUCAUUCCUUAGGACAAAUAAGACUAUCGUGGCUAAAUGGUAAAAAUCGUUCAAUAGAAGAUUUAAUAAAAUGUAAAAAAAGAUGCAAUAUAUAUCUAGAGGCUGUAACUGAAGAUGGUCAAGAAAUUUACUUUUCUUCUUCGUUCGAUGGCCAAACUUUCGUAUUAUAUAAAGGCUCUGCAGGACGUCCUGGAGGACGUGGAGGUGCGGCUGGUUUAGGUGGGCAAGGAGGAUAUCCCGGCAAAGUGAUCAGUGACCACAAUGGUAUUGUCAUAGUUUCCAAUUCGGGCAAGAAUGGUGAGAAUGGCAAAGAAGGUAAAUGCGGCAUCCACGGGAAAGAUGGCUGGGACAUGUCUUUUAUCGAUUGCGCAUUCUGGAUGAAAGGAAAAUAUUAUGGUAUUAAUGAGAACAGCAAACUCGAGUUGAGUUAUUAUGACAGCAAUGCUUCGGAUCGGAUAUAUGUUCCUUAUCGUGCCACGAAUUCUAAAAAUAAAUACGUACAAAUAUUAGAGACCAACAUCCCGCAACCUGCAAACAUGACGUUCACAGAGAAAGAUACUUCAACGCGCUCGGAGCACCAAACUCAAGCCGAGAGUAAGAGAAAUAUUUUGCAGAAUCAUAUCUUUAUGCAGCAUUCUCAACAUAUGAUCGGGACAAAUACUGGUUUGUAUCAAGAUUUCCAGAAAUACAGGUAUGCUGAGGAACAUGCUUCCGAGAUAACGAUGGAGAACAGAGAGCAGCAGAUAAAAGAAAUGUCGAAGGUAACAGUUACGCGUACAAAACCAUUUGCACAAGAAAAUGCAGGAGUACUCAACACAAUUUCUCCUAUCUGCAUCACUGAGCCUCAACAAAUAUGUGACAAGUCUCUGAUAAAUUUGUUAAAAGAUUUACAACAAGGUUUAUUAAAUGACUGGUGUGAAUUAAACAACAAGCAAUAUGGUUAUUUUGAUUUUUAUCAUUUGUUUAAACUUUAUGAACAGUUGAAAGAAGAACACGCACAAAAAGGGAAAGCAGACACGAAUGACAGUGCAUCUGAUAUUCAAAUGCAAUUGCACUUAAAAAAUAUUGAACAACUUCUAAUUGAAAAGUAUCGUUUAGCUGUUCUACAACAAAUCGCACAAAUAGCUGAACAUAAGUGCAUUGCUAAUAAUAAAUUUGAAUUAACACCAAAGAAUGCUAUAAAAUAUUUUCAAAAGAUCGAAAGUCAUCAGCAUGUUAACCUAAAUCUGCAUAAAGAGUUGGGCAAUUUGCAGCAGUACUUCUUCGAAGAUAACGAGAUGCAACGCAAGACGAUCUCAAAAUUUUGCGCUGUAGAAAACGUGAAUAAGUAUCACGACCUCUUCAAGUUUUCCAUUGCGUCUUUUGUAAUGGACGAAGGCAAAGAAGAGGAGGCGCACCCAAAUGUGAAGAAAUAUUACGAAGAAUACAGCAAGUUCGUCGGCGUGCAAGAGAUAAAACUUAAGAAGUUUUACAAAGAAUCGAAGCUCGAUGCAGGCUCUUGUUACAACGUGAUAUGUCAGCUCUUUCGAAGUUUAAAUAAUACGAAUGUGGAAAAUAGAUUGAAGGAGGAUGCGAAGAAGAACAAGCAAUUAAAAAAGCUUUACCAACGAUUUAGCAAGAUGUUCAAUGAACGUUUUAUCUGGGAGGAUUGUAUGAAAGAUCCGAAAAUACUCAAGGAAUACGUGCGACAUAUACAAUUACAUGGUCCGUUGUCACCGAGUUAUCGAGAACUGUUAGCGUAUAUAUUCAACAUUAAUAUUUGCAUGUACAUCACGGAUCGAAACAAUCAAAUCUGUUUGUUGGACGUACACAAUCCGCAAUCUACACAUGUUAUAUACCUCUUGUAUACAAAUAAGAACUACACUCUAUUGAAUGUCAAUCAGGAUUUUCUCCGACUGGACAUGGAGCGUAACGGCAGAGCUAAUUUGUACAUGAAAAUCAUAGCAGAAGUAGAGUCGAUAGAACAUAAAGCAAACCUCGAUGAGUAUAUAAAGGAAGAAUUAUUUCUCCUUGGAAGCAAAGAAGACAACAGUGAGAUCUCCACUACCGAAAUAAAAAUCGACGAGAAGGUGGAUAUGUAUGAUAUAAUACAAUAUUUUUCCUCCUCGGAAAAGAAACAGAAGCUACGAUUUAUGCUGGACAAGAUAUCAUCCAAAUAUAUUGGACAACGUGAGAUCAUUCACGCUAUAGCUAAGGUUUUCUCAUGCAACGGUAGACACAUUACUUACAACGAACUCUGUUGCCUGGUGAACGCAGUAUUGAAUUUCGUCAUUGAAGAUUGUUCUGGCCUAAAUGUGUUUAGCUGGAUAAUCAUGGCAUAUCCGCAGCAACAAUGGUUAAACGAAAUUAUACUGUUAAAGCUCGAAAAUCACUUUCAAACGUUGUUGAAUGAGAUGCACGAAUGGAGGCGGUACUUGAGAAAUAUUCACGAGAAGGAAACUCUGUUACUAUUAAGUUUCAAACUGGAACAAAACAAAUCGAACAAGGCCUUCUCGACGGAAUGUAUAGGAAAUAUUUUGUAUUUGCUGAGUAAUAUUUCAGAACGUGUGCCUGGACUACAUGCGCUGGAAUUAUCCGAUUGGCCGUAUGCGAUCAAGGAAAAAUACUGGACGACUAAACUGUCCAAGUUAACUAAAUGGGAAGACGAAGAUUUGCAGAGGGCCUCUUACUACCUGUUAUCUUUGGAGAACAGCGCUGGCACUUCCCUCGUGGACGCAUUUAUGGAUAUUCUUAUAAAAAAAUGGGUCACGUUGCUGUCGAAUGAGAGUUCUAGUGUAACAAGAGAGGCGUCGUCCAAUUUUCAAAAGGAUACCAGUUCGAUAAGUACUCAAAAUUUUCUCCAAAUUCUGUCGAGUUUUUACAACGGAGAGUGGAAUUUGUCUCAGGAUGUUCUCAUUACACUCAACGACUGCCAGAUCAACCAAUGGAUAAUCCUAAUGAAAGAGAUAUUCUCUUCUAACGAAGAUCGCACCGUGAACAAAUUGAUUGAUUUGAUCAGAGGCUACGGCAACACUUCCGAACGUGUUCUGAACGAUCUGAAUGGAAUCAGAGAUAUCAUUCAAGCUAUGAAGCAAAUAAAGGCGACGAGCGAGGAAGCGAUCAAAAAGGAGAUCGCAAGACACAAAUCCAAUAUAGAGAUUUCCAAGAAAGAGAGUGAUAAACUGCAGUAUGUACACAAUUACAUGGCUGAUUUGCUCAGUCUGAUAGAGAACGCCAUAUAUAUAAAGAAGAAUUUCAGACUUCGCGACACGCAAAAACUUGCCAUAUUGGCAUUAUUCACGAAUGAAUGUAGCACAUUGGUACAGGUAUCCACGGGGGAGGGUAAAUCGUUGAUUGUCGUGGCAUUGUCAAUCUUAAAGGUGCUUUGCGGUCAAAAAGUCGACAUCAUCACCAGCUCAUCGGUAUUGGCGAAACGGGACAGUAAGAUCAACAGCGAUAUUUAUGACCUGUUCUCCGUCAGCGUGUCGCACAAUUGCGACGAUGACGUCGAAAAUCGAAAAGAGGUGUACUCUUGGAAAGAUAUUAUUUACGGAGAGCUGUCCGGCUUCCAGCGCGACUAUCUGCUGGAUCAAUUCUAUGGUACGAAUAUUCUAGGCCGCCGUAGCUUCGAGAACGUCAUUAUAGACGAAAUGGAUAGUAUGCUGCUCGACAAGGGUAACAAUAUGCUGUACUUAUCACAUGACUUACCGUGUUUGGACAAGCUCGAGUCCGUUUACGUGUACAUCUGGCAGUUGAUUAAUAGCCCUUUCAGAAGCCAGGAGGAGUUUCAGCGUAUCGUUGACAAUAAAGCGAUCAGGCACAAGGUUUUGUGUAGCAUGUACGGCUCGUUGUCGAAGGAAGACAUUAAGAAGAUUGACGGACAUAUAAACAGCCAACAAGUAAAUACAAUAUGGGAACGUUUGAUCAAACAUAAUAUAAUCAAUAUUGAUGGUUAUUUACAAAAAGACAUCGUGAACGCAAAAGACAUCAUGGAAAUAUUGUCACCCGACUUCGAGCGCUACGAACGAUAUUUGAUCUAUCUGUUCGAGCAGAUUUCUAAGCGCAAGAGACACGUCGUUGUUCCUAAUUACUUGAAACCGUUUGUAGAUCUACACUUGGACGCCUGGAUCAAAAGUGCUAAGAAGGCGUUAUUAAUGCAGGAACGGCAAGACUACAUAUUGAAUGUUGACAGGAAAUGCAGCAGGCCGGAUCUUAAAACCAACAUCACUAUCAUCGACCGUGACACGGGUACAGAACAGACGAACUCUCAAUGGGAUGAAGCGUUGCAUCAGUUCUUGCAAUUGAAGCAUGGCUGCAGGCUGUCGACACAGAGUCUGAAGGCCGUGUUCGUAUCGAACGUGAGUUAUCUGAAGUUUUACAGUAAGCUUUAUGGCUUGACCGGCACGUUGGGGUCACAACGAGAGCGAGAUUUACUGCGACAUAUCUACCAGGUGGACUUCGUUACGGUGCCAACCACAAAGAUGAAGAAGUUCGAAGAGUACAAUCCGAUUAUCUGUUCCAGUCUAGAAGAAUGGCGUCAGCAGAUAUGCUCGGAGGCCGAUACUUAUACGAAAGCAGGCCGAUCAGUGCUUAUAAUUUGCGAGACAGUACAAGACGUAGAGUCUCUGUACAGAGUGCUAGGCGCCAAGAACAUGACGAACUUGCACACGUAUACGCGCGACUGUGAAUCCUUCGGCGUGGCCACUAAGCAUCUGUGUGAAAGUCAAAUCAUCAUUGCGACCAAUUUGGCCGGUCGUGGUACUGAUAUCAAGAUCACCGAGCAGUUAGACAAGGCGGGCGGUCUGCAUGUUUGUCUCACGUAUCUACCGAAUAACAAUCGAGUGGAGCAACAGGCCUUCGGCCGUGCAGCUCGGUAUGGUAACAAUGGUUCCGGUAGAUUGAUUAUUCUGGGCUUGCGGCAUACGCAAAGUAUUUUGCGGACGUCGCACCUGAAAAAAGAGCGGGAUUUUGAGGAGAUCCGUCGUAUCUCCGACAUCAAGCUACAUUAUGAGACGCAGAUAUGUGUAGAGGAGAAUGCUUUUCAUCAAUUCAAAGAGGUGUACCAGCAGCUGGAGAAAAAUUUGAAGGACGGUGUAUGUGAUGAAGUGAAGGAAGUACUGUUGCGCAGCUGCUUGAACGAGUGGGUUUUCUGGUUGGAUAAGAACAGCAAAUAUAUAAACGGCACAUUGGGCGAGCAGGACACGAAUAAAUAUAAAGCAUCCCUCAGCAAACUGAUCGAUCGCUUGCGGGCAUUGAAGUCGAAAGAGAGCAAAGACUGGGUGAAAUGGAUUCGCGAACCUUCCCAAAUCAUCAAGCUCGCCAAGUACUUUGCACGAAACAAGGAGCAGAACAUGGCGAUCGAGCUGUUCGAUCACGUUAUCAAAGAAGAGCCCAAUUUCUCGGAAAGCGCACAUUACUACAAGGCUUUUUCGUUGAUCAAAAAGAUUGACAAAAGGAAUCGGGGCGCUUUAAAAGAACUCAAAAAAGAAUUGCGAGAGGCGACAAAACUCUUCCAGAAGCAUCGCGAUUACGCGGUAUAUGUCAAACAUACUAUCGAUAUGUUAAAGCAGCGAAAUUUCGAAAUUAGGGAGAUCAACACGUUCGAAGAGCAACACGAGAACAUCAGCACCAUAUAUGAGAUUUUCUUGCAAUCUAUUGAUGAUGUGUUCGGUCAUAACGUGACGUCACAGAAUCUCGAGAAGUACGUUAUCAAGGAGGAGUUAGCCCAGACCUUGUACCUCGAUUUGAUUAAAAACGACAUUUUGAGGAGGCCAAGAGUAUCGAAGAAUAUUGAGGAAAGCAUCGUGAAAGAGAUUUGCGAGCGUCACGAAAUAAUUCCAAAGGAGUUGAGCGAUUUCCUUAUGAAGAAAUGCGGCUGUUCUAUAGAGCCAGAAGAAUUCGAGAAGGAUAUGAAGAAGUCGGUGAGAAUGCCCAGCAAGGAAAACUUCUGGAAGUUACUAAUGAAAGAGAAGAUCUUGAAGGAUGAAGUGAAAUACGUGAAAAUUAGUAUUUGGAAGCUACAGAACAUUGAUCCAUCUUUUUUUAAAUUGCUAGACAAUAUGAUCGAGCAGAAGAAACUGGAGAAGUCGAUUUUAAAAUGCAAUAAAGAACAACUGCUUCUCUCCCGCGGCUUCUUCUCUCAAUGGGAUAACCAGGACGAGGACAAAGAUAUCACGUUGGAGAAGAGGCUGUUCAAGAAACUUAUUAGUGACGAGAAAUAUAAAAUAUUGAAACGCAGGAAGGUAUUCGAGUACAGCAAAAAGGCGACUUACGAUGCGGGGCAAGUGGUGAAUGUGAUAUUUCCGUACUUCGACUCGAUCACCGUGGAGGAUUUGACCGAACGAGAUAUCUCGGAGGAAGAUGCGAAACGAAUUCUAACCGAUCUGGUCAAGCAAAAGGUCUUAUCGGCCGGAGAUAAGGGCCUUUACCGACUGGUCGUACCUUAUGAUCAGAUCUGGGACCUUCAACUACCUUCCUGCCCCAUCUACGAAAACUUUGUGAAACUGCUGUUGUACACCUGUUUCAGUUACAGAAUAGCGUUGCAGAAAUUGAUAAAAGCUUUUCAGAACGAAGUGGUAUUCGGAGACCUGUGUUUAAUGUCUAACCCGCAUCAAUCGGUAAUCGAUUCGUUGAUGAAACAAAAAAUCAUCAAACAUGCCAAGCUAUCCAGCAAUAAUUAUAGUCUGGAGAGCAAAUUGCGGAACAUGUACGAGCGCAUGAUACGUGGGAAGGAUGCUUUCAUGCAAAUACUCUAUAAAAACAAUCUCGUAUCGCGGACAAAGAAAGAUGAAGAAUUAUUUAAUUACAUCAUUCGGAAAAAAUGGAUCGACGUGAUGGAGUCGAUAGAGGAAAACAUAAUUAAAAGUUUCAAAGGCCAAGAUCCUAUAGGAAAUACGAGCAAAUCGCUGAAGACAGAAAUGCCCACAGGAGUGUGGCACCCCAAGACAUCGUCAAUCUUAAUAUGCACUUAUUAUAGUUUAACAGAAGGGGAGCGAGAGAAAAUCUUAGUGUUCGUCGAUGGUGGCACUCUGAGAUGUACAUGCAAAUCGGCGAAUUACGAGGGACCGACAGAAACUAUUAAGAUCAUUAUAGACGCUCACAAUUAUUUCGGAAAGAAGGCCACGAUAAAGAAUAUCGUCAAAACCUUAGAAGCUUUGAAAAAUACAUUCAAGACCUUGGAUGUGCCAGACUGCAGGAUGAUGUCGCUGUUAAAGCACAUCGAAAUAAGUGGAUCUUUCGGUAGUAACGAUUACCCAAACGAGGAGCUACAGAUCUUCGCGAUGAACGGUCUGGAUGAUCUUUUGAUACUUCAGGAGCAACGGUGGAGUUGGAACAUGAUAUUUAAGGCCGCUGCAGUCGUCGUGUUCGGCAUAAUGCAAAUCAUACUUGCUAUCGUGAUACAUAUCUUUUCGGCCGGCACUAUGACGUGUAUGAUCGGCGCCUUGGUAUCCGAGGGUGUGAAUGAUAUCUUCUUCGCAAUCUCAGCUUUUAGGAGCGGCUAUUUCAGCUGGAAAAGCUAUAUGCAUCAUAAGAUAAUAAGUCUGGCGAUUACUGGUUUGAAGUUCAGCUUUCGAGCGAUGCUCCCGUCGGCAAACGAAACCUUGUCCUACGCAAACAGCAUAGUCGAAUCCAACAUCUCGUCAGCCGAUAUAGAGAUGACUACGACGUUGGAUAAGCAGGUAUCCAACGAAGUGACGCGCCAAGGGACUCGUUUGCUAAAGAACGAAUUCACGAAGCGCGUCGCGAUGAGUACCGUGGAAGGCGUCGCGUUUAGUCCAAAAGACGCGAGUGUCGAUUGGAUCGUAAGUAAGUAUGUACAGAACCUGUGCCGGGAUAUCGGUUCCUUCAUGAUGAAGGAAAUCGACAAAGCCGUGGAAGAGCACAUCAUAUCAAGUACUUUGAAAACGGCGUAUCGAACGUUAGGUCAACAGAAUGCGGAAGCGAUGAUAGAAGACAUCACCUAUGAUGAUUUCGCAAGCAGUUCGACCUUUGAAUUGUUACCUAUAUGCAUCAAGCUGAGAUACGCUGUAAUGAAUGUCGUCGAGAAAUUCCAGUCCGUUUAUUCAGCAUUUAUUGUCUCAUUUAACGCAAAGGCGCUCCUGAAACUAAUGGAGGAAAUUGAUCCGGCGCGCACGAUCUUGCAAAAGACGACUGUUUUCUACGAUUUGAGGAAAAUCACAAACAAUAUGCUGGACGAGUUGAACGAGCGUGUGCAAACGAAGAUUAGCGAGUUGCGUGAGAUGAACACGUGUAUCCGACAAGACCAACAGAACUCAGCAGACGAUUAUGACAGAGACAUGGACGAAUUCCAGAACUAUAUCAAAACAAAGUGGAACAUGUCAUUAUGUGCGCGAGCCGGCCAGGUGAUCAACAAAGAGAUCAUCAAUCCCGUCAUGCAUACUGUCGCGAAGAUGGUACUAAGCUAUGCUGGCAGCCAGAUGUAUGGCAGCGGUUAUAAGGAGCGUAUAUAUUUCGAUGAAUUCCAGCAAUACAAGCAGGAAUACGAGAAGGAGAAGACAGGAAGAGGAAAAGGAGGAGACGAGGAGAUGCAGGAACUCAAAGACAUGCCCAAAGAGGAGAGCAAACAGGUCGAGAAGCAAUAUCACAGCAAUCUGCGAAACUUGCUGAUGAAGACCCACAAUCCCAAGCUGUUCGCGGAUAUUGUGCGCGAGAACGUGCCAAUAAAUACGACCUGCGUCGCCGCAUGUCUCCCGGUUAUCCAGCACAUGCUGGAGCAUCACGGGUUCAAUGUCGAAGGACUGACCCUUGUUGUGGAUGAGGCAUCCGGCCUGUCGGAGAGAAUCUCGACCAUGUCGGACGGUGAACAGGACAUAGUAAUUAGGAUGUUCUUGAAGGACGGCCACUUACAGGUUAGUCGGGAUGACAAUGCGAACAGUGACGCGAGUCACGGCUCCAAGAAUUGCCUAUAUGAGACGCUCUGCCAGUACAUACCUGACCUAGAUAGCAUGUCAGCGGAGACGUUCAGGAAAAAGUUAGCGAAGCGGAUUGAAAACAGCCCCGGUAUACGAUAUCGCUUGUUGUACGGAAGGCAUCAGUACAGAAUAGGAGUUGGACUGAUCGGUGGUAAGAAAACCAGAAGCCGAAGCAGCACAAGAGAGAGAUCCAUGGCGAAAGACAAAGAAGACAUGAAAGAUUGGACACAGAAUAAUAAGUACGACGUGGACCUCACUGUAAAUAAAAUAUUGAGCAACAAGGAGUUACAGGAACAACGUACGAAAGCUCUGAAUGCAGCAUUUCAAAAAUGCUGCGACUUUGUUGGAAAAUACAAGGAUGAGAAUAGGAGACCUAUUAAUCUUAGACUAGAGUAUUUCAAACCCAUUCUAUAUGACAUAAUAUAUGUUGAUGCCCCGUACGCGGGUGAGAUAGGUUUCUUCCCGGUUCAAAUGGAAGCCAAGUUGCAAGUGCUCGUACCCGGGACGGAGAAACAAAUGGAAACAAUCAAGUUGGAAAUUAAUAUCAACAAUCCUUGUAUUAGCGUAGUAAAGCAUGGACCGAAGGUUCCUUAUGUCGGUUAUAGUGUAACUGGAUGUGGCGAUUUACCAUUGAAAGUACGUGGACAUAUAUUGAUAAAUAGAAAGGGCAACGACUUUCUUCCGCAUCGAAACAGUAGUAAUAUUAAUGUGGGAAGUCUACAUGCUGGAAAAGCGAUCCCCGAUGAUCAGCAAGUUUCCAUUUUGAAGAUGUUCGCGGAACCGUCAGACUAUGGGAAGCUUCUCGCGCGAUACGAUAGUCAAAAUUCCGAUCAUUUUAACAUGAGAGGCAAAAACUUCGGCACAUUUUAUUAAGCGCCUUGAUUUACUUAUUCAUAGAAAAAGGAACUGCCUGAAUUGGAAAUUAUUUAAAUGAAGCUAAAAGAUAUCAUGUUGAAGUAUUUGCCAGGCGGAGCAGAAAAUCAUGAUGACGUAAAAAUGACGGCAAAGUAACGAAAAGUGAAAAAAACUCAUUUUUUCAUCAUGAUUCGAUCCUUUUUUCGUUAUUGUAAUGUUAUUAUAAUUUUCCGUUCUACUUAGGUUAUUAUUUCUUAUCGACAUUCCUGACUUUGAUAUGUAUUAACCCAUUAAGGGCCAUUGCUACUAUAGCCAUGAUAUCGUAAUACUUGAUGUUGGUAAAGUAUCGUAACCAAAAACAAAAAUUCCUAUAUUUUUUCUUUUUUCAUUUACAUUGCUUUAAACCCUUUUUUAUAAACAAAUUGUGUAAAAAAUCGUGAUUUUGCAAAAUAAAUAAUGGCAAUUGAUUCUACUAAAAAAAGAAUAAACUUCUGUUCUUGAAUAUUUUUUCAUCCGAUCCUUAUUUUCUUUAUUGCCUUAUUGCAAAAUGGUCAUAAACAAAUUACAGCGGCUUCGGGCCAUGCGUCUGUGAAUAAUGAUAAUACAUAACUUGAUAUCAGGAAAGUGUCGUAACCAAAAACAAAAAUAAUCGUAUUUUUUCUUUUUCAAUUUACAAUGCUUUAAACCCUUUUUUAUAAACAAAUUAUAUACAAAAUCGAGACUUUGCAAAUUCGGGAUACUUUCUUUUGCGAGUCCCCUCGCCUCUCGCAAAUCAGGAUGAUCGAUUCAACAAUCAGCGCUAGAGUGUUGCUUUGCAUAUGUCUUGCAUAAUGUUACUUUACAUUGCACACAAAUUUUGUCGUAUGUUUUUGUGCAUUUUUGUUCUUUAUUGUCUGUAAAUUGAUGUUUUUGCCUUUUCCCUAUUUUUAUCGUAUGUAGCUCAGUUGAUAGAUUAAAUUGCUGCAUGAUUCGUUUUGGCAAAGUUCGAACUUUGUUAACGUUUUUAAGAUAGUAUUCACAGACUUCUAUUGCUACAUCUUUCGUUCCUUUUUUAUCUUCCGUAUGCAUGUAAUUAUACAAAACUGUUGCGUUUGUUAAAGAAGCUUGUAUUAUUCUCAUGAAUAGACACCAUGUCCAUUUUUUGGAUUGAAUAUAUGAUAGCAAAACAUUAGCAUGUUGAUCGUGUUGAUCUACACCACUCAUAUGCUGAUUGUAUUUAGAAAAUGCAUGAGGAAAUUGUAUUUCUUGUUCACCACAAUCUUGUAUCGAUUCAUCGUUACUUUAGGAUAUAUACCGUAGUUGGUUGACAAAAUCGAAACAGGCUUAGAAUCCAUUAUUGUGAUAUAAUUGACCUUGAAAUUCGUAUCGUAAAAAGUAACACAUAUUCCUCUGGAAGCAUAUUUAGGCAUGUUGACGAUAACUUUUACACGAUUUUGUCUAACUCACGUUGUCAAGAACAGAAGUUUAUUCUUUUUUUUAGUAGAAUUGA